CCCCCCGGCUGAGUUCAUUCACUGGGAUUGGUUUCAAAUGACGCCAUCGCUUUAUUUUUACACCAAUGACCUCAUCCCAGCAGCUUGAAGUUUACUGACCAGCGAAACUCUUUUUCUGCCGCUCGCUCCCCUCCUUGUGCCUGCCUUGCUCUGCCCGUUUGUUUGUAAUCCUUUCAGUCCUUCUGGGAACCGAAGGCUUUAAAAAAGCUCAACAAAACAUAUUUAAAAAAAUACCCCCAACCCCAAAACUUUCUCCUUCCUCCUGAGGUUUUCAGUGUGUCCCACCUCCCCCCCAUGACUAUCCCCUUUUAAUUUUCUUAAGCCAUCUUGGGGAGGGGGGGGGGGAAGAGAAGGAGAGAGGGAAAAAAAAGCUUCAAAUGUUUCCUUUUUCUUCCCCUCUCCCCUCCCACCUUCACGCUUCUCCCUCUUAAAAACGAGCCGAAUAGAGUUUUCCUGUGAUUUUUUUUAAUUGGUGUUAUUUUUAUUAUUAUUAAGGAAUAAGGAAAAAGAGAAGCUUCCCCAGCAGCUGGAAGGAGACAAAGUUGUUUCAGGCGGCAGCGGCGAGGUUGGUGGCAACAACUUUUUAUCCCCGCCGAGGUGACAGACAGACAGACACACAGACGGGGAGGGGGGACGAAACAGUAUUUCCCUCUACUGGCCUUUGUAUGCGGACAACCCUCUGUCAUCCUGUUGAGCUCAUUUAAAGUUUUACUUAAAUGUAGGCUCUUAGUCCAGUCUAAAGCUGAUGGGUGGGAGCAAAGGUAAAGAAUGAUGUAAUGCGGCGGCAGCCAGAAAGCAUCUUUUGUUUGAAUUGUGAAAUGGCUACUCCAUAGUCAUCUCCCGAUGAAUCAGAUGUGAGGGGCUGCUUUGUGGAAGGGGACCCUUUGUAACGGCACAUCCACUGGAAGCAGGAGGGGACAUUUCGCUUGAAGAGCUCUUUCUGAAAAUGGGUUUAACUUUUCCUUUGCCAGUCACUACCAGCAUGACCUCAUACACUUCUAGUACAAUGGCGUGGCUAAGCCUUUGAGUACACAGCCAUUACAUCAUCGCAGCAAAUUGGAGAGGGAGGUGGUAAAAGAGGCCUUAUUGUUGUCAUGGCCGAUGAGAUGAUCAGGACUCAACUCAUUGUUGCCGAGAAGUUGGUGGCUUUGCUGGAGAGUGGUACGGAAAAAUUGCUGCUGAUUGAUAGCCGCCCCUUUGUGGAAUACAAUACGUCCCACAUUUUGGACGCCAUCAACAUCAACUGCUCCAAGCUUAUGAAGCGGAGGCUGCAGCAGGACAAAGUUUUGAUUACAGAGCUCAUUCAGCAUUCAGCAAAACACAAGAUUGAAAUUGACUGCAAGCAGGAAGUGGUGGUGUAUGACCAAAGCUCUAAAGAUGUGACCUCUCUCUCAUCCGACUGCUUUCUUACUGUGCUCCUGGGCAAACUGGAGAAGAACUUCAGCUCUGUGUAUCUGCUUUCAGGUGGAUUUGCUGAGUUCUCCAGCUCUUUCCCUGGCCUCUGUGAAGGAAAAUCCACUCUUGUCCCUACCUGCAUUUCUCAACCCUGCCUACCUGUCUCCAACAUUGGCCCAACCAGAAUCCUGCCUCAUCUCUAUCUUGGGUGUCAGCGGGAUGUCCUCAACAAGGAGCUGAUGCAGCAGAAUGAUAUUGGCUACGUACUCAACGCCAGCAACACUUGUCCAAAGCCCGAUUUUAUUCCGGAAUCCCAUUUCCUGAGAGUGCCUGUGAACGACAGCUUUUGUGAGAAAAUUUUGCCUUGGUUGGACAGAUCAGUUGAUUUUAUAGAAAAAGCAAAAGCGUCCAAUGGCUGCGUGUUAGUGCACUGUUUAGCUGGAAUAUCUCGCUCUGCCACGAUCGCUAUCGCAUAUAUCAUGAAGAGAAUGGAUAUGUCCUUAGAUGAAGCUUACAGAUUUGUGAAAGAAAAAAGGCCAACCAUUUCUCCCAACUUCAACUUCCUGGGCCAGCUUUUGGACUUUGAGAAAAAGAUCAAGAACCAGAGCGGGCAGCCUGGACAUAUCAGCAAGCUGAAACUCCUGCAUUUGGAAAAAAGCAGCGAGCACGUGCUGGUGCCAGAAGGAGGGCAGAGCAGCCUCUCCACGGGCCAGCUCUGCAUUACCGCUACCUCCGAGACGGUGGAGCAGAAGCCGACGGACUGCGGCAGCGCACCGCGCGGGCACUUGUCCCCCCCGGAAGAUGGCCCGCUGGUACAGGGCAUCAACGGGCUGCACGUCUCCCUCGACAAGGUGGAGGACAGCAACCGGCUGAAGCGCUCUUUUUCUUUGGAUAUCAAAUCCGUCUCCUACUCAGCAAGUAGCGCCUGCGUGACUGCCUCGGUUCAGGGCUUUGCCUCCUCUGAAGACACCCUGGAGUACUACAAACACACGACUGCUUUAGAGGGCGGCAGCAAGUUGUGUCAGUUCUCCCCUGUCCAGGAGGUCUCGGAGCAGACCCCAGAAACCAGCCCUGACCAAGAGGAGGCAAACCCUCCCAAGAAACCCCAGAACACCUGGCAGCUGGAGAGCCAGAGCAAACGGCAGCACCUGGGGAGAGCCAGCGGCGGUGCCACCACGCAGCGGUCGCUCCUGUACCCCCUCCACCGGAGCGGGAGCAUGGAAGACAACUACCGAACAAACUUCUUGUUUGGUCUCUCCACCAGCCAGCAGCACUUGGCGAAGUCUGCGGCCGGGCUGGGCCUCAAAGGCUGGCACUCGGACAUCUUGGCCCCUCAGACCUCGGCCACGUCGCUCACCAACAGCUGGUACUUCGCAGCCGAGUCCUCGCGUUUCUACUCGGCCUCCGCCGUCUACGGGAGCGGCGCCGCCUACUCGGCCUACAGCUGCAGCCAGCUGCCCACGGGCUGCGACCCGGCCUGCGCCGUGCGCAGGAGGCACAAGCAGGGCGACCGGGGCGACUCCAGGCGCAGCUGGCACGAGGAGAGCUCCUUCGAAAAGCAGUUCAAGCGCAGGAGCUGCCAGAUGGAGUUUGGGGAGAGCAUCAUGUCGGACAACAGGUCCAGAGAAGAACUGGGGAAAGUAGGCAGCCAGUCAAGCUUUUCGGGCAGCAUGGAAAUCAUUGAGGUGUCUUGAGGGGGGCGGCGGGUUUGUGUGACUGUGUGGGAGUUGCGUCCCCCCUCCAGGCCGCUCCCCCGGCGUUGGAGGAGGUCCCUGUAAAUCUGAAAAGAACAAACUUUGUGCAAAAACGGUGGUGGUGGGGGAGGGAAGAAACGCAAGGCUUCAGUGUGAACGCAGCGACUGGAUGAAUAUGGCGAAGAAACAGCGAGUGAGUGUUUGCCUGAGGAGACCGUGUCUCAGUGGGUUUUUCUCUUCCCCUUUGCUGGAGAAGGGCAGAACAUUGCAAAGGUCUUUCCCUGAUAGAGGAAGCAAUGAUACGCAAUGGAUUGCACAUCCUUUCAGUGGUUUUUGAAAAGGAGGAGCUCUCUCGCUAUCAAACCCUUUCUCUGGUUCCACUGACAGGCGCUCCUGCCCAUCAGAGCUAGUUUUGUUCUCCCCUUCUCCUGCCCCACAGCUUCACCAGUGCACCUUAGCCCUGACACUGAGCCAACCUCGGGAGGGAGACCUUUUUCCCCUGAGAAAGGAGACCGGGAGCGAUUCCAAAGGCCGUAGGGACUGGUUACAGCAAGGCCGGUCUGAAGACACGGUUCAGACACGUGUAAAUACUGGUGUAACUAUUGUUCUAAUGGGUAGGCUUUAGGUGAUAUGCUAGAGAGCUGCUUCAGAGAAAAAAAACGCAGUACCUCAAAAAUAUAAAAAAUAAACUAGGGCUUUAUGGCUGCCAGGUGCUGGUAGUCAGUUCAUAAGCAAUGUGAACAAGUAACAACUAGCCACAUUUGAUUUAUUAAUUUUUUUUUUUUAAAGCUGUCUACGCACAAGUGUUUCAGUUGGCUCAGCAGCAGUAUGUAAAAGAGACGAAUGAACUGUACUUAUGACUGUUUUCCCCCGGUCUUUUGAAACGUAAAAUAAUAAGCAGCAUUUGUAUUUUUUUAUAUGAAGCUGGCUUCUGGGAGAGGGGUAGCUACUUUGGCUUCUAAGCUAUAACAAAGUGGUUAAUAGUUAAGGUAACGUGCAAGAGAAGUGGCUGCUACAAUACCGCAACAUCCCCUUCUUGCCAACUGACAAUUCAAUAGAUAGCUCUUGAAGGCUUCUUUUUGUUUGGUUUUUAUAAAGCUAAAAGUGAGGUUUUGUCCUGAACUGAGCAGUACCAUUAAGGAACCUGUGGUGUAGGAGCAAUUCAGGUGGCUGGGUUUUUUCCAUACCAACAUCCCCACUCAGACUGUGGGGACCUGGAGGUAGAAGCUUCUUAUUAGGUUUGCUGGCUGAAGUCUGCGCUGGCUGUCCAAGGAGAACAGAAGGGGGAACCUCCAGCCUCCCGUCUCAGUGUGCAUGUGAAAGAUAGGGAGUUUGAGAAGAGACAGCUUUAGGGGAAAGCCUGCUCACCUCCCACACUCAUGGUUCAUAAGGACCCUGAUCUGGCCAUUGUCCUCUGUGCCAGCCUGUCCCAUUGUUUCCCAGCCUGCUGGUGGGUGACCUGGCUGCAGACACAUCCCCCUGUGCUGCUGCUGGCCGGUACCGAGUCCUCACCCCUCUCAGGAACACACCAACUUGAGGAGGUGUCGCUGCCCCGCUGCAGUGACGGGGAGCUCAGGCACAGCCCUUCUUGUGGGGGUCGUGACCACAAACCAGCUGCUUCCCCUCCUGCGCUACCUCGGCUGCCGCUGCUCCAAGGGUUUUGUGCGCAUGUCGCUGUGAGAGGUUUGUGGCCAGCGGGGAGCACAGCAUAAAGCUCCAGCCUUUCUGCACCCACAGGAGAUGUGCAUGCCUUAUCCCGUCUUCCCCCGUGCCCCUCGGAACAUGCACAUCAGGGAGGACUAUGCUGUUUCGUCCCGUUUCAGUGCAGGCAGCUGAAAAUUGUAAAUGGCAUGUAACAAACAGCUUUAAAAAAAAAAAAAAAAAAUUAAAUUUGUCAGCAGCAAACUGAAGCCCUAAUGCAAGUCAGCAGCUUGCGUUUUGUUUUUACUGUAAGUUUAGCUAGUUUGUGACUCAAAUCUCAGGUUUUACUGUACUGAAAAGCAGAGAAGAUUUUGUCAUUGUUUUGUUUCGUGGCUAGGCUGUGACUUUUAAUUUCCUACAGCGGACUGUCGAAAAUAGCACUGAAAGCUACAGCGUUGAUUGACUUGAUCCUAAAAAAAGUGCAAAAGACACAGAGAGAGGCAGCACCAGGAGUAACUGAACCCAGAGGCCGUGUUUGUGCUGUGUGUGUGUGAGAUGCUGGAAGAAGGGGCAGCCUGGGCAGGGGACAGGUUGACACCACACUGGAAAGCAUGUCAGGUCUUGGCUAUUCAUUCAACACACUGCCACUUGUCUCUGUUUACAUAUCAAGUGAAAGUGAUUACAUUACAACUAUUUUCGGCAUAUAUACACCCUCUUGUGUGUGUAUAUGUGUAUGUAAACGAUUUAACAGUGCUCCUCAGCCAGAUUUCAGUAAAAGCCCCAUGUCUUUGAUUUAAAUCAGUUAAUGGGGGUUAACACAAAUCAGUCCUGCCCUUUGUGCUCCUUCACAUGUGCAUAUUCUCCCUUCUUUGUAUGCUUACAAAUACAUAUAUUAAGUUGUGUUUGGUUAAUCACCUUCUGAGGAACUGAAAUCUGGUCUUCUGACUCCUUGUGAUUUGCAAUACACUAUCACCACUGAAUGAAUCAAAGCUGUAGGCUCAGUAUUUUUAGGGGAUAAGUUCCUGUAGGAGGAAGCCUUAACCCCAACUCCUGUGCAGGGUGGUGUCCUGUGUCCCAUACCUGAACAAUGCUGGAAAUGGUCUGUAGAAGUCUGGAAAGCAAAGUGGAGGAUGCAAGAGGGGAAAUGUGUACAUGUUCAAUAUGAAUAUAAUGUCCUUUGGUGUAUGGCAAGCUGUUUUAAGUGGUUCAGAGAGAUGCGAGUUUCUCAUCGUGUUGUGUCAUGAGCAUUACCUGUAUGUUAUGAUGAAAUAAAAUCAGAAAUGGUACCUGUUUAUAUAGAACAGCUGAGGGAGGAGCCUGUGUGCCUCUGGCUAUGGAGUGUGCGUUAUCUGCCAGCACCCAGGACUAGCAGGGAGCUCGUCCUUAUCCUGUGCGGCCCUCGCGGAUGCGUGCCUCUUAAUGAAUGACACAGAUUGCCACAAGCAGCAUUGACUUUACAGCACCAGAAAGAGUUUCUGCCCCUCACCUGUUCACCCCAGCUCUUCUGCUCCCUCGAACAGCAGCAGUGGCACUUGCCUGCAUUAACAACUGACAGUGGCUAACGCUGCUGUGAGUAAAAUAUUCCCAAGCUGGCUGUGCUAGUCUUUCUGAAGCAAGUAUUUCAAACUGAUUACCUGGGAUGAACCCCAUGUUUUUUUCUUGCCUCCCAUACGUCUUAUUUGAAGAAGAAUUUUAUUACUUGUUUAAAUACUUGUUUUGACUGAUUCUGCCAGUCCUGAGGCAGUCAGAGUGACUUCGGAUUGCUGAGCGUGGGGUAUGCCCCUCACUGAUCCUUCAGAGAACAGCUUAGACAGAUGUAGCAUAUAUUAAAAUUAAAUCAUGCAGCAGAAUAUGGCUGCUACAGUUAUAUCCUUAGCUGGCAAGCGUAGUAACGGUGUCUUCAAACUCAGAUGCAGCAACAGAAGCAUUUUUUUUAAGAUAACUUCAAAGCAUAAUUCCAGAAAGGGAAAUGCAGAAUCUUUGGCUGUUUUAGAAGGGACCGUGUCAUCAGCCAGAGCCCAAGUAACAACCUGCCUGAGCUUCUGUGCUUGCUUUCUACAAACAAGAUGUAACAGCUCUUACAUAGAAGGUUUAGCUUCCCUUGCACAGUAAAACAAGAACCAUGCUCAAUAGUAGACCUAAAUGGCAUUGGCUUGUUAUCCUGCAAAACAGGUUCACUUGACAGUCUUUUAAGAUUUACCUGCUCUAGUUUUCCUCAGACUUGCUCUGUUUGUUCCCUCGAGUUCUGGUUUUUGAAGCAUGCACUUUGGCUUUCAGCACUCCUCGUUUUGCUUGCUUUGCAGGACGUACUCUGCUCUUGUUCCUCCAUCCCUCUACUCUUGCCCCUGCCAGUAGACAGCUCUGUGAAGAGACAGCCUAACCCCAUCUCUAGUUAAAACCCAAGAGGCAACUGAAACGUCUCACACAUGUCAUCAACAUGUAAUUUUCAUUUCAUUGACUGGCAUUACUGGGAAGGGGUCCCGGAGGUCACUAGGCUCUUGAUUAAACCAUCCCAGUUAAACUCCUAAAGUGAAGCGGACUGAAAACAGGGCAAACCUCCCCCCAGCAUGGAGCAGGUAGCCCAACUUUUGAGGAGGCAGUGAGUAAGAGAGAGAGUAGAAACGUGGUCAUUACAUGAGCCGCUGUUUUUACUAACUAUAUGUUCAUCAGCUAGCUGCUGACUCACAGCCCAAGUUUUAAGUUGAUUUCCAUGAGCAAGUGGUUUCAAAAGUCCAGAACAGUGGCCUGGCACUUCUCCCGGGGACAACACAGGAGUCCCAAUAAGGCUGUGAGUACCCCUGUUUAUAUCUGAAAUUGGUGACAUUUAGCCAAACUCAACCUACCUAGACAUUUUAAUUAGAUAGCCAUACCCUCACUGAGCACCUCUAGCUAGCCUGUAACUUCAAGUUUCCGAGAUAAAAGUAGAGUUAUUCUAGUACUUUUAGACAUUAUAGCAUUAUAAUACAAUACCACUAUUAUACAUAGAAAACCACGACUGGGAAUUCCAGUAGAAGAACAGUGUUCAUAAUAUAUCAGUGUAGCCUGGCAACUGGCCUUUCCAUUUGAACCAGGCCCACAGGAGAACUUCUUGGCCCUUGGGCCCAAAUGUUUGCUCUGAGGCAAACUGAAGUGCUUCUGCAGCAAAGCCUUGGGCUAUUCUACACGACAAGAAUUUUAAUGAGAGCCUCUAGAAAUAGAAAAGGGAGCUAUUUGUGGCCUGCAACACUCCGCCCUCUGGGGAGGGACGGCUUUCCUAGCAUGUAGAAUGCUGCAAACCACGCAUCUGGGGAACAGCCCUGCUGGAAGGGGUCACUCCCUUCCAGGUGUGAAUCUCAGCUGCUGCGUACGGGGACCCUCACCGAUCACCACUGAUGUGCAAAACCAAAGUGUCUUGUACAGAUCGCAGGCAGCGAUGAGGCUGGGGCAUCAGAUCACUUUAAAAACAACAAAACCGCACAAAGCCCACACACCUGCCUCUCUCUUUUGCAGCACCUCCUGUGCAGCAGGUGACAGCCCAUCGCUGCUUUGCUUUCGCAGUGCCAGGAGAACAGCGUGCUGCUGCAGGUAUGUUCACUUCUUCUCCUCUAAACCAUUUUUCUAAGUUCGUUAGAACAACCGGUUUCCUGCAGGGAAGAGCUCGAUCACGGACUGUUCUCAAAGCCGGGCUUCCCUCAGCAAGUAGCGAACUGCUCUUAUAGCUCUUAUACUCAUUUUUUUAAAAAGCAAAGUUUUGCUAUCCAACCUUUAACAACACUUGUGACAUUCCACUGAGCCUCCAUUAUUGCUGUGCUUCUUGGUAGCUCAGCCUGCAUCAGAAUUAAAAGAACAGAAUCAAAUGCUCCAUUUGAACUACAGUGGUAACACCCCCAGCAAGUUAUUGCCAAAAUCUAGAGCCAUCCUCAUGUAUUUCCGCAGUUGAGUUACAGUCUUAAGAGUAGGCCAUUGUAUUUCGUUACCUCCACAACUUCCCCAUGAAGUCUGUUAAAAUACAAAGCUUUUAAAAAGACAAAAGGGUUAUUUUGCACAGCUGACAUUAAGAAUCACCCUUUGAAUGCUCCUCUUCUCCCUCACCUUAGGAGGAUGAGCUCUGUUGAUGCUGUGGGUGUGCUGAGCACAGCCCUCACCACCUCAGACCUGCUGUGGCUUUGGGGACCACUUGGUGAGCUGUUCUCUCUGCAUCCUUGCUGAACAUCGGGCUGUCCCGUGCAGGCUCACAUUAUAAAGAAGUUAAAACCUAAAUGUGGCAGCUGAAAACAAGCCAACAGGUCCCAGAGAAGUAGCCCAGACCAGCUGGUAUGAGGCUGAAGUUUGGCUGAAAGUCCCAUUCAGUGAUGUGUGAAGAAUCAGCAGAGGAGAUGAGCCUCCGGCAGGGAAGGGGCCACCCCAAAAGCCAAGCUGCCCAGGGAUGCCCACCUCUAGUUCCUUCUGCCAUCUGGCAAAGAACUGACGUAAAGCAUCUGCCUCUUUCUGACAGGGAGAUAAAUGUGAGGGGAAAAAAAAUAAAUGAAAAGUACUUUUCUACUCAUGUUUAGUCUUCCCACUGAAUCUUAGGAAAGCUGUUGGGUGCACACAAGGUGCAACUGCCCUAAUAAAACAGGCAGAGAGUGGCUCACACCACCGGUGCUUUGCACAGAGAAGUUGCCAUCUUACACAAGUAUCAGAGUCCAUCAGUCCCAGAUCCUCUUCUUUACCUCCACGAGGCUACCGGUACAGAAAACAUAGGCAGACAGCUCAACUACAGUCUCAACCCGCUGCCGGCGAGUCACGAGCAUCGCUGCGCACAUCAUUUAUUUAAAAUGGACAUCAGUGCCAACCGCAAUUGGGACAGCAUCCCAAAAACCCAACAUUUGUUUUCAUUCCUUGCAGCCCCGGGACAGCUGAAACCGGCCAUUUCCACAGCACAAAAGUGGGUUGACUGCAGCUCUGUAGCAAGCAGUAAAGCUAAGAUAGGGCUUUCCACGCUGAAGUGUGCACACUGUCCACAGACACCACAGCGAGAAGCGGUGCGGUGCGCUGCAAACGAAGGAUGAGCAAGGCAGUCAGAGAAACACCACACUUGGAAAAGAGCGAUACCAAACGUUUUAAUGCUGGAGCUGUAGGACACGUAGGCAGCUGAAAGCAGAGCAAGUCUGCAACAGGAUAAUAACCCGUGAACCAAGGUGCGCCCAGCCACAAGGCUGGUAAUCAAAACACACUCUGGGACGUUAACAAUAGUACCUCAGGAAACCACUGACACUGAGUCUGAUAGAAAGGGGCUGCUCGUGCUAUGAUUGAGCCUGUGAAAAUGCAUAUCUCUACUCUUUCUGUGUAAAAGUUUAGAGGAGGGGAAAAUACACUUUAAAUAUUUAAAUAUAUUUAAUUCAAAAUACAUAUAUUUUUAAAACCAAAAGACUCAGUUCUGUCCCCUUCACAGAAAUUGCCUUGAAGAUAGGUUGGCACUUCACCACUUUGUCAACGCAUUAAAUUACAGAAACAACAAAGCAAACCUCUUCUGCCUGUGUAGCACAUGGACCCAGCACAGUGUGCGACAAGCACCAGCGGCAGCACGAAGGGUGGGUUGCAACAGCAGAGUCAGGGGAAGAACCAGAGCAGGUCAGGCCAGCAGGGAACCACAGACCCAGAGACUCACCUGGUUCUCCAGCUUUUGAGGAGAUUUCGUAUCAAGCAGCUUAGCCCGCACCCCAGAGCACACACCAGCUUUGUAUCAGCUCGGAAAGCAGAAAAGGGCAGAAAUGCUUCUUUUCAGUGGAGCACACCAGAUUUUCUCUGUUCAUACCAGUAACUUUGUGGUAGAUGUAACGGCUGGUACUUUCUUGAGAGAUACCUGAGGUCUUCUCCAACAGCAUUUGGCUUGGAAAAAGAAAUUCGUAAGCAGAAAGGUAAUUCCAGUUACAUCGUUAAUCUGCUAAACAGCAUGAAAGGGAGUAAAGCAACAGUCUCACCUUGAGCACCACCUGCAUCCGAGAUGAAGCUAAAAGCAGCACACAGAGCAAAGCAAAUGAGGUGCAGCCAAGCAACAAACAGCAGCUCAAGAAGAUGUGCCAGGACAUGUCUUGUCCUCAAUGAGAGGUCCAAACAGUUAAUGAAGCCAGUAACAAUCUUUUAAAUAAAACUGUAAACCAUUGUUUGAGAACAGUUAGAGGGUGCACGGUAUCUUACAGUACCCAUACAAGACUUUAUCCCCUGUGGAACGGAGGAGAUGACCUGCGUGCUUUGGAAGAGGUCAGCCUUCACAUUUCAGCUCUGAUUUCUUUCUAGUUAAGCGUUUAACGUUUUUCACAACUCACCCUUGCUGCUCAGAAAGUUCUACCUGGGAGGCACUUAAAUGCCAGUGUUCACAGGAACAAGCAUUUUCUCCCAUUAUCAGCUCAAAGUCUAGGUGUUUUACUGCAAAUAAGGAAGGAACUGACUUGCAGCCCUUGCUCCUGCAGCUCUUGGAUAGGAAUACUAUUCACUUGCCUUCAUUAGCACCGCAAGGGGCAAUGCUUUGAUCUGAUACUUAAUAGCAUGAGGCCAAAUGUCUAGAAGCUUUAGAGGAGAGAGCAUCUGCAGCCUAGCCCCCGCCUCAAGAUCUAAUAUCGGGAUCUUCCCACUGGUAUAGGCUUCCAGCACGCCAGGGUGUGGGAUAGCCAUGAUCCCGCCUGGCAGACGGCUGAAUGUCGCACAUUCUAAACUUCCAGACAGCAUCAUCUGGACAAGGAGGACAAAAACGCCUGCAGCCACUAUUUAAAGAUGCUGAAUAUUCCGGUGAGUCUGAUGGUGAGAGACAGAGACAUAUUCAGUCAUGGACAAUGAAGACCCUCAUGGGCAUGGCCAUGACAAGCAGGUUUCCAUGGGCUGGUAAGUCUCAUGUGAGCUUUUUACAAACUAAGUGUAAAAUACUACAGGAUGUAUAAGCAAGGAUGGAAGCUUAAUGUUACAUCCUGUGCAACAUACAGCAUGUGCCUAUGUAUCUACAACUAUGUCACAACUCCGGGGUGGCAGACAACAAGGCCCACUCUACUGCCUUUACUAGAAAAUAUCCUGCUGAAUUUCUUGUUGUCUCUCAAACAGUCAGAUGCUCUUCCCAGGCCAUUAUUCCACGGGGCUUCAUUUCUACAGAACUUUGCUUUCAGACAAUGCACAGUGGGCCCUGGGCUCCAAACACCACUAUGGUUCAGAUACACAUCUAAGUUGGCUGCAGUCUGCAUCACAAUAAUUCACUCUAGGCUGCAUGGCCUUUGGGAACACAACAAGAGGGCAGCCUGUUGCUUCCUGCCACCAGGCAGCAAUUAAUACCAUCAAAAACCUACCACGGACCUACUCCCAAAUGCUUAGAGAACAUCUUUUGCUGAUUAAGUACUCUGAAGUACUACGAGGUACUGAAGCAAGGCGCCUUUGGUAGGUCACCCAGCCUUGUGCUGUGCUGGAAAAUAGGUUGUCACACAGACUCUCUCAAAGACAGCACUGGAAUUGCACUCCUGAUGUACAAAAACCUUUGGGGUUCAUGGGAUCACUUCAGCUUCCUCGCCAGCAACAGCAUCCUGGAAAGCAUCCUGGAACUAACGUAACACACCCAACGCUACCCCUGACUCCUAACUUUUAGUUUCACACCCCUUCUGCUGCGGACAAGAGCUGCCAUGGAGACAAUGGAGACACAGGCUGUUAAACCCUAUUUCUAGAUCCAUAAAUAUUGUUACAGCAGUGUGUAAAGUAUCGCGCCCCUGUAUCAUUUUAUACAGGGACAAACCAAAGCAACUUGCCUGCGGCCAGCAGACCAAACAACUUGUCAACCAGUCUCCUGUGGGCCAGCCCAGUGCCCGGGCAGUACGGACACACUUUGGAGCAGCUCACCAAGCGCGGUCCCAAAAGGCCAUGUGGUUUCAGUCAUUAAACACCGUGUUCAGUGUGACGGCAGCUGAGCCGCUGCAAAGACCCAAAGGACUUCUUGUGUCUCCACCCUCCAACUCCAUACACUUGAAGGUAAAGAAGCCACUGCAUCCCUCUAGUAGAAAAGACAGCACCACGAUAACUGGAGUGUCCCAAUUAACAAAAAAAAAUA